AUGCGUCCCACCCUUCGUCUUGCAGGAAGCUCCGGAAAUAAAACCGUCUCCAACAUAUUCAAUCAACAAGCAUCGUCAGCAUCCCCAUUCCCAUGGCUCUCAACCCUCAAAUCAAAACAGUUGCAACACCUAGCUCAUAAAACCGGCCUUCCCAGCUCGGGCACCAAAACUGUUCUCAUAGAGAGUCUGGAGCGGGGAUUAAGGCUCUGGCAAGAACAGGAUGAAAAAUUGUUUCAGGGCAAUGGAGAGCCAGAAAAUGUUGGCCUGACGAAGUUAAACGGAGAUGGGGAUUUGCAUGAAAAGUACAAAGAGCUGAGAAUCCUCAGCAUCGAUAUGGGAAUUCGAAAUCUGGCAUUUGCUGUUCUGAAUGUGCGUGGGCUCAAUGAUGGCUUAAGAUUUGGGUCUAGGCUGGGUCUCCUAACUGAGAAAUUGGAGAAGCCCAGCCGAGGAAGGAGUAUGGCAAAGGCUGCCCAAGGUCUCGAUGGUGAGGGCGAAGGUAAUGGUGAAGGUGAUAAUGAUGAUGCCGGUGCAGUUCAAGUCAGCUUAGAGGCCUGGCGACGAGUCUCUCUCCCGCUAGACCGGGGACUUUCGGUUGAGGAGUUCAGCCGCUAUCUUGACACUCCUUAUUCUGCCUUUCCUUCAACUUUGGCAUUAACGUCUCUACCUAAUCCUGAUAUUAAAUCUUCGGAUACCAAUGAGGCCGCCUCGACUGCUUCGCCAACCGAAAAAGGGGGAAAGGGAGAUAAAACCCCCUUUUCCCUCCCUAUUUACGCCACUCAUGCACACAGCAUUGUAUCCGCUCUCCUAGCCCGGUAUAAGCCCACGCACGUUCUCAUCGAACGCCAGCGUUUCCGUUCUGGCGGAGGGUCUGCGGUGCAGGAGUGGAGUCUGCGUGUUGGUGUAUUCGAGGGGAUGCUCUGGGCUACGCUGCAUUCUUUACGGAUGAACCAAACUCAGGUUCAAAACCAAUCUGAACAGCAUAGGGUAGCACCAAGAAUUAUUUCCAUCGACCCGGCCAGGGUAGGGAGGUUUUGGGCGCCUCCUACAUCUUCUCCUUAUGGCUGCGGCGUCCGUUCCGCAGCUGCAGCUGGCUCUGACAAAAGCAAAAUGAAGAAGAAGAAUACAAGUGACAGUCGCCAAGGCAAGAAACUAAAAAUCGACCUCGUCGGGUCAUGGCUGGAACGAGGCAUUUUCUUGAAUGGUCACGGCCCCACCGUCCAACUCUGGAUAGACGCUUACAUGUCGAAGUGGAAGAAGACGCCGAAACCGAGACUAAGGACGAAGGCCAGAUCAUCGGAUUCAGACUCUAGCUCAGGGUGCGGUACACGUGCGGAUGCAAGUCCAGUUGAGACUGGUAUUGACAUUGCCAAACUUGACGAUAUGGCCGACUGCCUCGUGCAGGGCAUGACGUGGCUCGAGUGGGAGAGAAUGAAAGAAAGAAUUGUGCGGGAAGGUAUUGGAGGUGUUGUCUAG